AUGAAGUCGAGCCUAUUUACUCGUAAGGACAGAAUCGACGUGACGACCAGCGGCUCCUUCGAGGAAAUUAUGCCCAACAAUGAUGACUCCAGGGACCAUUGCCAUCAUCAUCAUCAUCACCAAAACCACCAUAAUAUCUUCCACCAUAGGGGAAUCCAUAGCAAUUCUAUUUCAAGCCCGGCUUCGGCUAUUGACAUCCUUCUAACCUCGCCUUCGCCAAAAUCAGCCGUAUUGGUACAUCCACCGUUACGGGGGUCCUCAAGCAGGUUAGCAGGAGAGGGAUGUCGAUCGACACCUUCCAUAGUCGGGUCCUUUUCCAGCCUGUCCACAUCAUUGGCUUCGUCCUCUUUAUUUGGAGGGUUGAUGGAAGAUGAUGCCACCAUUAUAAUCCGGUCUUCCGCUUGGUUUCUCAAGGGGCGAUCUCGGUCUUAUCAUGAUGAUGAAUUCUUUAUGCGAAUGGCAAAGGUCGCGCAAGCAGUGAUGCCACUAUUGCUUGCAUCAUCAAACAAGUUUCUUGAUUUGACAAAAAGUGCCUCCCUUUCAAUGGCAACUGAGAGGUCUAAUCCGGAGAACUCUUCAGAGCUUGCUAUUCCGCGAAAAAGGUACAGCCGAGAAUUUGAACUCUUCAUCUGCAAUAUACUCAAAAAAACCGGGCUUUCGUCUUUGGUUUUGCUGCUGGCUCUAAAAUAUAUCCAUCGCCUUCGACUUGCAUAUCCAGGAGUCUGCCCUACAUCUGGAUCCGAAUACAGACUGUUCUCUGUUGCAAUGAUUCUUGCCAACAAGUAUUUGGAGGACCGUACCUUUACAAACAAGACUUGGGCAUCUCUAACUGCGAUGCCCAUUUCGGAGGUUAAUAUUAUGGAGCGCGAGUUUUUGACAAUUCUUGACUUCAACCUCGGUGUUAAUGAGGUCGAGUUUUCGAGUUGGAUAUCCGCCAUUGAAGGCUUUUUGAAGGAGCUUGGGACCCCCUCGUGGCCGCCUGAGGAUCUAUCUGCUAUCAGCGCGCGUAGCUAA